ACCUUUGCAUAGUCUCCUUGGGUCAACAUUUAAAUACACAAACAAAUCUGUAACGGCUAGAUCUUCCACUUCCCAAUUCGAAAUCCCAAACAAUCACUAAAAAGAAAAAGAUAUAUAUAAUCCAGACCCCAAAACCCCUCAUUUCAGACCGCAACCGCUCUCCGAUCAAAUUCCGAUAGCCGGCAAAAUCGAGUUUUCUUUCCCAUCGCCGGAAGCAUUUAAUCGGAGUUUACGGUUUUUUUUGAAGUCUCAAGAUGGAUCUUUCGCAAGAGACCGAAGAUUACAUUCGUGAAUCGAUCGAGUACUCUCUUGGUCUCCCUGUUUCCACACAAACGCUUCAAUUAAAGCUUCGAUCAUCUGAAGAAUCCCUCAUUCGCCUUCGGGAUCAGUAUCUUUCUCUACGAGCCAAACUGAAAGAGAAAGAUGAAACAAUUGAGCGCACUAGGGCUGAAUCAAGUAUGAAUGCUUCAGCUCUGAAGAAGUUUGUGGAGGAAAAUCAGAGAUUGGCGGUGGAGUGUUCAAAUUUGUUGGCUCAGUGUAAGAGGUGGGAGAAAGAGUGCGCUUUGUAUGAUCAUGACCGUGAGGCAUUAAUGGAUUUUGGAAAUGAGGCAGAUGAGAGAGCAAAGGAAGCUGAGAUUCGUGUUCAUGACUUGGAGGAAGAGGUUCGAAAGUUAUCUGAAGAAUUGCAUUUCUACAAGUGUCAAUAUGAGACCCAAGUGGAUGACACAGCCACAGAUGAUGCUUCGGUGGAACAGAAUCUGCUCGACAAUUUGCUGGAAACUGUGAUUGGUAGAGAUGAUGCUGCAUCGACAGCACAUGCUUUUCUGGAGGCAAAUAGUGGUAUAGAAGUUUGUCAAAGGUUGUUGACGAAGUGGAAGCGAUUGAGGCCAUCGACACAACAGGUUAUUGCUCUGGUUGCUGAUGUCAAUAUUCUGCAGAAAGACAAGGAACAUUUGAGGAUAAACCUCCAUAAAGCUGAAGAUGAGGUGAAUGUAUUGUUUGAACAAAACAAUGUUUUGGAUGAGGCGAAUAAAAGGCUGAUAAGGCUAUACCAGAAAGAGAAACACACACCUGGUUCUGGUGGAAAACCUUCUUCUGGCAAGUGCUCCCAUGGAAACAAAAGGAAAUCAAGCCCCAAGAUAAGCAGUCCAGUGGAGGGAAAACUUGAUUUCAGUGAGGUUGAUUCUUUGAGGCAGCCUUUAUCACCUUUACGAGAAAACUCACCUGAAUAUAGAUUAUGCAAGAAGUAGCAGGAGAAGGUCCUCCCCCCUGACCAGUUGCAAUUUCUUUUAAUCAUUUUAGGCUAUUCUUGCAUUUAAAAGUGUUGUUACGAUUCUCAGUAACUGUAAAAAGUAACUUACGACAUUCUCAUCUCCCCUAUAGCCUUGAAGAAUUUGGUCAAUUUUCGUUGUUGUAAGGAAAUUACUGUUAAUCUGCUACCAAUUUAGUCCUAGUAUGGAUAUAUUUUGCUUGUGUUA